UUCAUAGUUGUAAAAUUUUAUGCAGGGUUUCCUCGUCAACCAGAAAAACCAUUACUCCUACCUGAACAACCGCUCCUAUCCGCCGGAGACCUAUUAUGGCUGAUCGGAACUCCCACAGCUCAAAAAGGACGAUUCAAGUUUUGGCAAAGAACCCUAAAAAGAGCAAAACAUCUCCGGUGGAUCUUAGUAAACUCCUUCAAAGACGAAUAUGAAAGUGAAAUGACUAAUCACGGAAAUAACGGUCGAAACUCUCAAAUCCUUUACGUUGGUCCAUUGCACGACCAAGCAACAAGUGUUAAAACUUUAACCAAAAGCCCUACUUUCUGGGAAGAAGACAGAUCUUGUCUUGGUUGGCUCCAAGAACAGAAGCCAAACUCAGUCAUCUAUAUAUCAUUUGGAAGCUGGGUUUCUCCAAUAGGAGAAUCAAAAAUUCGUAUGUUAGCAUUGGCGUUGGAAGCAUCAGGAAGACCUUUCCUUUGGGCGCUAAACCGGGUGUGGCAGGAGGGAUUGCCACCAGGGUUCGUGCAUAGAGUCACCAUAGCUAAGAAUCUAGGAAGGAUUGUGCCGUGGGCGCCGCAGACAGAAGUUCUUAAAAACGACUCAGUGGGUUGUUUCGUGACUCACUGUGGCUGGAACUCGACCAUGGAGGUACAUAAGAAAACCUAAUUAAAUUUCCAUGAAUGUCCGUCAUAUACUACAUUGCAUAUAGUUAUCUCCGAGAC